CGCGCCAACCGCACCCCUUUGCUGCCCUCUUCUCGUCUCUCAUUUCAUCUCUUGCGCAUACACUGAGCGCAGACAUUGGCCCAAUCUUUUUCCCAGCCAAUCGGCAGGCCGUUGCCCGAUCGUCGCUCUCCUAACGGCGGCGCGCAACGACUUUUUCGCAACCGCUGGAGCCACAGCCGUCUAUCCGCAGCGACUCGACCUUUCCGCCCACACGCCCACACGCCCUCGUUGCCCUCGGCGCAGCCUUGGAGCGUCGGCGGCGCAUCCGGACCCAAGCGCCACAGGUGCAGAGAGUCGCGCGCUUUCUGCCCUGAGCCCGCUGUCUGCUGCCACCGGAUUCAUCACCAUCACCACCCGACCCUCUCACGGAGACCACCCGUGUCACCGCGCGACAACAGCUCGCUACAGGCAUGCAAAGCAGGCCGUCGCAGUCUUGCCCCCUCCGCGAUGCCCAUAUGGCCCUUCAGACGCCGGCGAAGGGCCAGCUCCAAUAAUCCCAGUGCAACUGCCAUAGAGCAACACCCGCUAGCGCUGGCGGAGAAGGGAAACCCUCCUUCGAUGUCGACGCUCACCCACAGCCCCGGACCACGAUCCGCUACAGCCACGCCCCCCAUACCCCGACGCAAUUCACGGCGCAAUAGCAAGCGUGGUCGACCACGGCCGGCAAGCGAAGCCCAGUCGCCCGCCAGCCAGCAUCGGAAUGACCCGUCCAACAAGGAGAACGUGCCACCACUCUCAUCCGCAAGCAGGGAGGACAUCACAGCUCUGCCCUUCCAACAACGCUUGGAUCAGAGUCCACAUCUUCGACCUGUCGACCUGGAAAAGCCUCCGAUCCCAUACAAUUUUCGCCCCCAUUCCAUGUCGCAAACCAGCGUACAACGCCAAGACUCUCUGGCGAAGCUACAGAAGUCUCAAACACGUCAAUCGAAACGAAGUACGGCCGAUUAUGGGGCGCCGACGCGUAGGUUCUCUGGGAGAUCCAAACGCAAGGAUGAUACUUUGCGAGAGGAGGAGAUUCGAGCUAUGACCGCACCAAUACCAAUUCCCAAAAGACCCGGCGAUGGCCCACUUCGACGUGACAGCAAAAAGAUUCGAGGGCUUAAUGGCGACUCUCGCGUGUCAUUGCCUCCGGAAGGAUCGAUUCACUCCUCAAUGUCCGGUAUCGUGGAACAACGUGGGUGGGAAGUGGGCAGCUUUGCAGCCAUCUUCAGCCCACGUCCCGCGGUGCGGCUGUCCGGAUUGCCACAGUAUGUUUCAAAUAGCUUACCACCGAGCUCAUCCGGAUUUCUCUAUCGCAUUGACUCGCUUCGGGCGAGCGAAAAAGCGCCUGCAAACCAAGAUGGACGCGAACGCCGGAAGCGACGCACAGUUGGCAAUGAAGCCGACGAUCUUGGUGCCAGCGAUAUUAGAGCUAUCAUGGAACGAGAUGCGAAGCGUAGGGAGAAGCGACAGCAAGAGCGACAAGAGACGCUCGAGCGUAAGCUGAAAGCGAAAGCUGAAGGUCGCGAUCGUGCAGACAGCGGCAGGAAAAGACGCCCUUCAGAAGAGCGAAGACGCGUCGAACAGGCGAGAAUACGCGCUGAAGAACAGCUGCAAGCGCGUGGAGUACUUACUCCUCCAAGCGAUGUGCAUCCUGCUUUACGCGGCACUCAUCCUGAACCAGCUGGUCUCGGCAUUGACCAAACCGAAGAACUUCAGGCCUCCCAACUUGAAACAGUGCAGCCGGCAGCUCCCCAGCCCGAACCAGAGAAUCCUUUUACAGAUGCUGCUGAAGUACCACCAGCAUCACCACAACCCGGAGAUGUACCUGCCGAAGCACGGCCAACGACGGCGGAGUCUCCUGCUGAAGAGCCAUUUCUCGGAACAGCUCAGGCUGUACGCAUGUCGCAAGCAAACACGCCGCCACUGUCACCUAUAUAUGGGCAGCGAGCGAUGUCGAGCGCGUCGCAACUUGCUGAGGCACUGCGACACGAAAGCAUCUCGCAGCAGAGCAUGGCCGACCUUGCGCCCCCACCACGGAUACCCGUCGAACGUCGAAGCUCAGAUCCUCCACAGGCUCCACAGGAAAGACGCACCGGCACUUGGGCGAACAUCUUCAGGCGCGGUGGCACCUUCCGCAAAAGUGUCGCUGAGCCAAAGGAGCCGGCCCAGAGUUCGUUCUCGAACACUUCGCGUGAAUCGAUGAGGAAUCAGCCACUCCCAGCCCAUUUCGUGGGCACUGAUCCUCCCCGUCCUGGAACAUAUUUGUCAAAGUCUGGCACACCAGUUCGCACCCAGAGCAAAUUUAGAGAAGACCUCCCAGGAAUGCCAAUCUCGCCGCCUGACUCUAGAACGCAGUCUCCCGAUGUUGCAACCUCCGCCGCUGCUGCAGCCGCAUUCCGAGCACCAAUCAAAUCUGUACCACUGGACAUUCCUGUGAAAAAGCAGAGAGAUGCCGAAGGCGACGUCAUCAUGGGCAAUCGUAACGACACUCCUGUCAGCCAAAAUUUGCGCAGCCGGCAUCAGAUGUCGGGCUCGCUUGCUUCGAUCGACUCUGAAGGAUCUUGGCUAGCGAGUGGCUCUCUCAAGCGUCAGUCCCAUCAGUCAGCCUUAAGCAAGUCCUUUGCCAAGAAGAAUGCGGAAUUUACUGCCAGCUACGAGGAGCUUGGCGUCGACAAAGAUGCCGAGUACCUCAGCAGAAACACAAGCUCACGUGGUCGUGGUCUCAAUAGCCAAGAAGAAGAAAGCGAGGAAGAAACUCAGCCAGAUCCGUCGCCGGGUGAGCCAUUCACUGUCCACGAGAGCAUGCGCAGGAAACCUACGCUGGUCGAGCAUGACCCACGUCUACGGUCCCGAGAAGGGCUCGUACAAGAGUUCUCAGCACAAGAGGCAGUAGAAAUGCCAUACGAGCGCUUCGAACAUGCCGACGACUCCGACGAAUCCGAACCAGAAUCACCACAGGCACAAAUCGAGCGCGCCACCAGCGUAAAGACAGGCGGACGACACUCCCGUCAAUUCUCCUCUGGCAGUGCAAAACUCCUCAACGUCCCGCGAAACCGUGCGUCUUUCGACGUGAGCAGUGACGUUAGCAGAGAACAAACACCCCCACCACACCCACCAAUUCAUGAGUCUCAAAAAGACGAAUGAAAGGCCACGCUUGUCACUCGAUAGAUUCGAGGUCAGGAUACAGAAGCAUCUGAUUUCAUAUGUCACAUAAAAUACCACCCCGGGAACGAUAUUCAAACGUAUUGCGCACGUUGACUCAAACACGGCCGCAAUCACGUAUGACGAGUCCAACGAUAUUUACACUCCUUUAAUCAUCGACCCCAGAAAUACAUAAUCGCAAACUUGGACCCGAGGAGGCUGGAGCCUUGGAAAGAGAAACUUUUCUUCUUGGAACAUGUAUUGCCUGGAUGCGAUGCGAAACUUGCAUUUCUUUUUGUUUUUUUUUCGGUCAAAACAAUUUGCGCUGUGAUACCCCCUGCUUCGAUUGGUUGUGGUUGGGCUUGGGCAUGCUCAUCAUAAGCGUUUCUUUGUUUUUUUUCUCUAUAUUUUCGCGCUAGCGCCGCCGUUGUAUUUUGAUUUCCACACAAGUCCAACAGAAUGGAAUUUUUUUUGGGAUUACGGGGCUCUCAGGAGAGUCUCUUGAAUAGUAGUGUAGUAGUGUACAUGUUGGUCUGGUUCGAAAAGUUUAGGCUCGAACCGAAGAAGAUGAAAGAAAGGGUUGAAUAGAGGGCAUAAAUAUGCCGGUGGAUGAUGAUGUAUAGGGAAGGGAAGGAGGUGGAGAGAGAGGAGAUAGGAAUGAAAGAUUUAUUUGCAUC